CUCUCGAAGCAAAAUUUGAGCAUUGCGCCUCGACGGAUUUACCCUCUCUUGUAGUACGGCAAGAGUUAAAAAAAUUAAAUCGUUCUUCUAGCUCUCGAAGCAAAAUUGAGCAUUGCGCCUCGACGGAUUUACCCUCUCUUGUAGAUUGUCAAGAUUAUGCGUUGAUAGUAUUUCAACAAAUUAAGGUUUUCUCGACGUGGUUUGUGCCAUCUUUGAUGUCACUUGCUGCAAGGGGGUUCUUGGUCUCUAACUUAAAUGAGACACGAGUGUGGGUACGACAUCCUUCUCAAGUUUCGUACC